CAUCAGAAAUGAGGAAAUGAGGUGGCAGCAUUGCUGGAAACCAGAACACCGUGUGGCAUUAGGUGGGAUGCUUUGCUUUGGAGGUGAAUGUGCUGGAAAAUUGCUGUCCUUGUGCCGUGACUGUGGGCCUGGGGCAGGGCAGGAGCAGCAUAAAAGCAGGACCUUCUCCUCACUGUCACAUUCACUCCACUCGCUUCCAGCUCCUUGGGAUCCAGGUGAAUCUGAAGCCCUUUCUUUUCCUCCUCCUUUGGAGUUUCUAAGUCUAUCCUGUCCUUUUGGUCUCAUUUGGGUUCUGAGAACUGCCUGUCAUGGGAGAGGGAAGGGGGCAGAAGGUGUGCCCGGGGAGAGGCUGGGUUUUGGCUGAGGUGUCUCCUGAGCCAUAGUCCACACGGAGAAGUCCCUGAGCUUGGUCUCUCUUGGGGCUUCAGGGGCUGAGGGGAAAGUGAUGCUGGUGGGCCUCUCUAAGCAGCCUCGUGCUCUCUUCUCCUUCUUUUGUCUUUUUUUCGUCAUGGUGGGCCAAGAGACUCCCCUCACUCACCCCUGUGCCCUGCCUCCCCCGCCCUCUGUCCCAGGUGCAGCUCCAGCCCCAGACAUGUCCUGCUACACCCCGUGCCGGCCCUGCCAGCCCUGCGGCCCGACCCCGCUGGCCAACAGCUGCAAUGAGCCCUGUGUCAGGCAGUGCCAGGACUCCAAUGUCUUCAUCCAGCCCUCCCCCGUGGUGGUGACCCUGCCUGGGCCCAUCCUCAGCUCCUUCCCACAGAACACCGCCGUGGGAUCCUCCACCUCCGCUGCCGUUGGCAGCAUCCUCAGCUCUCAGGGAGUGCCCAUCAACUCCGGGGGCUUUGGCCUCUCUGGCCUGGGCAGUGGCCUCUGUGGCAGGAGCUGCUUCCCCUGCUGAAGCUGCUGGCCCUGGCCCUGCAAGGAACCCAGGGACACACAGGAUGGUACAAACCCAGGGAUAGAGCAUCAGUGCUCUCUUCACUGGGAUCUCCACU